GCACAGGCGCUGCCCGCAGCAGCGCGUCAGCGCCCGGGACGACGAGAGAGAGAGAGGCUGACAAGGUGGGCCCGUGCGGGCCUUGACCAAUCGGAGUUCGACAGCAGCCUGCCCCCAAAACCACACUCGCUCUCCUCCCCUCGCGCCGCGGCCGUCGCCUCCCCUCCCUCCACCGAUCGAUCCCUCUCCUCCUCCUCACAUCCCACCCCCCACCUUCUCUUUAAAGCUACCUAGCUACCUACCUACCUGCCGCCUCGCCGGCGGCCGCUAGCUGCCAGUCGCCACCGCCGCCGCAUCGAUCGAUCGGAACGGAAGGAGCUAGCUAGCGCAGCAAGCGCCCAUCAGCAAGCAGAUCGGAGCAAGAUGGGGCGCGGCAAGGUGCAGCUCAAGCGGAUAGAGAACAAGAUAAACCGGCAGGUGACCUUCUCCAAGCGCCGCAACGGGCUGCUCAAGAAGGCGCACGAGAUCUCCGUCCUCUGCGACGCCGAGGUCGCCGUCAUCGUCUUCUCCCCCAAGGGCAAGCUCUAUGAGUACGCCACCGACUCCCGCAUGGACAAAAUUCUCGAACGUUAUGAGCGAUAUUCCUAUGCUGAAAAGGCUCUUAUUUCAGCUGAAUCUGAAAGUGAGGGAAACUGGUGCCACGAAUACAGGAAACUGAAGGCCAAAAUUGAGACCAUUCAAAAAUGCCACAAGCACCUGAUGGGAGAGGAUCUAGAGUCUUUGAAUCCCAAAGAGCUCCAACAACUAGAGCAGCAGCUGGAGAGCUCACUGAAGCACAUCAGAUCAAGAAAGAGCCACCUUAUGGCUGAGUCUAUUUCUGAACUACAGAAGAAGGAGAGGUCACUGCAGGAGGAGAACAAGGCUCUACAGAAGGAACUUGCGGAGAGGCAGAAGGCGGCCGCGAGCAGGCAGCAGCAGCAGGUGCAGUGGGACCAGCAGACACAGACCCAGGCCCAGACAAGCUCAUCAUCGUCCUCCUUCAUGAUGAGGCAGGAUCAGCAGGGUCUGCCGCCUCCACAAAACAUAUGCUUCCCGCCGCUGAUAAUCGGAGAGAGAGGUGAAGAGGUGGCUGCGGCGGCGCAGCAGCAGCAGCCACCACCAGGGCAGGCGCAGCAGCAAGCGCAGCUCCGCAUCGCAGGUCUGCCGCCAUGGAUGCUGAGCCACCUCAAUGCAUAAGCAGAGGGCGAUAGCAAAUCGACCUCUCUCGUCAUGAACCAUGACGUACGAUUACCAUAUGGUUGCCGUGCCUCUCCCAUCGAAUGGCGAGCAAUGGCACGCUCCUGCAAGUGAUUGCUCGAUCACCGAUGAUUAAAACCCUAGCGAUGGCAGCAGCAAUUAAGCUAAACUAUUGUUAUGUUUGCAAGAAAGGGUAACCCGCUGUGUAAUCUUUGUCUCCAGCUAGCAUGUACGUACCAACUGAGAUGCAUGCAUGCGUAUAUCAGCAUAUGCUUUAUUACUGCUCAGUUACCCUUGAAUCUAGCAGUGCUUUUGGUGAGAGGGUGCAGUUUACUUUAAACAUAUGGGUUUGUGACUGUAAAUAGUAUUUUUAACUAGGAGUUAUAUCUGGUAAGUAAAUUAAUUAAUGGGAGGAUGCAUGAAUAAAGCCGCUCUUGUGCUGCUGAUGCAUGAUAUA